AUGCCUGUCAGCACCUCAUUUGAACAGUUCCUGCUCACUUUACCUUUGCAGAUGCACAGGAAACUUCCUGAACGGAGACUGAGGAACAGUCCAAGGAGCAGGAAAAUUCAGAUUCGAAACAUCCCUCCUCACCUGCAGUGGGAGGUAUUGGAUGGACUGUUGGCCCAGUAUGGGACAGUGGAGAAUGUGGAACAAGUCAAUACAGACACAGAAACUGCAGUCGUCAAUGUCACCUAUGCAACACGAGAAGAAGCAAAAAUAGCCAUCGAGAAGCUAAGUGGGCAUCAGUUUGAGAACUAUUCCUUCAAGAUUUCCUACAUCCCGGAUGAAGAGGUGAGCUCCCCUUCGCCCCCUCAGCGAGCCCAGCGUGGGGACCACUCUUCCCGGGAGCAAGGCCACGCCCCUGGGGGCUCUUCUCAGGCCAGACAGAUUGAUUUCCCGCUGCGGAUCCUGGUCCCCACCCAGUUUGUUGGUGCCAUCAUCGGAAAGGAGGGCUUGACCAUAAAGAACAUCACUAAGCAGACCCAGUCCCGGGUUGACAUCCAUAGAAAGGAGAACUCAGGGGCUGCCGAGAAGCCUGUCACCAUUCAUGCCACGCCAGAGGGGACGUCUGAAGCAUGCCGCAUGAUUCUUGAAAUCAUGCAGAAAGAAGCCGAUGAGACCAAACUAGCGGAAGAGAUUCCUUUGAAAAUCUUGGCCCAUAAUGGCUUGGUUGGAAGACUGAUUGGCAAAGAAGGCAGAAAUUUGAAGAAAAUUGAACAUGAGACAGGGACCAAGAUAACCAUCUCAUCUUUGCAGGAUUUGAGUAUCUACAACCCUGAAAGAACCAUCACUGUGAAAGGCACAGUUGAAGCCUGUGCAAAUGCUGAAAUGGAGAUAAUGAAAAAGCUGCGUGAGGCCUUUGAAAACGAUAUGCUAGCCGUCAACCAAACCAGUCUGAUUCCGGGGUUGAACCUUAGUGCACUUGGCAUCUUUUCAACAGGACUGUCAGUGUUGCCUCCACCAGCCGGGCCCCGUGGAGUCCCCCCUACCGGCCCCUAUCACCCGUUUGCUACGCACUCGGGCUACUUCUCCAGCCUGUAUCCUCAUCACCAGUUCAGCCCGUUCCCGCAUCAUCACUCUUAUCCAGAACAGGAGGUCGUGAACCUCUUUAUCCCAACCCAGGCUGUGGGGGCCAUCAUUGGGAAGAAAGGGGCACACAUCAAACAGUUGGCUCGAUUCGCUGGCGCCUCCAUCAAGAUUGCCCCAGCAGAAGGCCCAGAUGCCAGCGAAAGGAUGGUCAUCAUCACCGGACCACCUGAAGCCCAGUUCAAGGCCCAGGGAAGGAUCUUUGGGAAACUGAAAGAAGAAAACUUCUUUAACCCCAAAGAAGAGGUGAAGCUGGAAGCCCAUAUCCGAGUGCCGUCUUCUACAGCUGGCCGGGUGAUUGGCAAAGGUGGCAAAACCGUGAAUGAACUGCAGAACUUAACCAGCGCUGAGGUCAUCGUGCCUCGUGACCAGACGCCAGAUGAGAAUGAGGAAGUGGUCGUCAGGAUUAUUGGACAUUUCUUCGCUAGCCAGACUGCACAGCGCAAGAUCAGGGAAAUCGUACAACAAGUGAAGCAGCAGGAGCAGAAAUACCCUCAGGGCGUGGCCUCCCAGCGCAGCAAGUGAGGCUCCCCAGGCACCAGCAAACAACGGAUGAAUGUAGCCCACCCAACACCUGACACACAGACCAAACACAGCCAGCAAUCGGGAGCAAACCAAAGACCAUCCUGAGCAAUGACAAGUCUGCCAAGGCAGCCCCAGCCCACCCGGCCCUGGGAGCCCCGGGGGCUGAGGAGGGCGG